GCCGUCGCCGCCAUUGCCGCCCCCGGGCCCGCUGACGGGGACGCUCGGGCCGCUCGGCGGGGCCCGGGGAGCCGCCAUGGAGGUGCGGCGGCUGAAGGUGAACGAGCUGAAGGAGGAGCUGCAGCGCCGCGGGCUGGACACCCGGGGGCUGAAGGCCGACCUGGCCGAGAGGCUGCAGGCGGCGCUGGAGGCCGAGCGGGACCGGCCCGACCCCGGGCAGCCCGAGCCCCCGGGCCCCGCACCCCCGGGCCCCCACACGCACCGACACCACCACUAUGACGCGGACCACCUCCCCGAACAGAAUCAGCUGUACGAGGCUGGAGAUAUUAAGCAGGAGAACGAAUCCGGGCGGGAGAGAAGGCCGGAAGAGGAGGAGGAGCGGCCCGCCGUGGUACCUCCAGUGGAGGUCAAGGCCGAAGCGAAGCAAGAGGAAUCCCCCGCUGGCCUGCCCGCCCUGGACCCGUCUCAGCCCAGGCAGGACCGACAGCCGUUCCAGAGUCGCAAGAGACCUUUCGAAGACUGCCGCGGUCGGGGUUACUAUGAACACCGGGAGGACAAGAGAGGCCGAUCUCCUCAGCCCCCCGCCGAGGAUGACGAGGAGGAGUUUGACGACACGCUCGUGGCCAUCGACACGUAUAACUGCGACCUCCAUUUCAAAGUGGCCCGGGACCGGUGUAGCGGCUACCCCCUCACCAUCGAGGGCUUCGCGUACCUGUGGUCCGGCGCCCGGGCCAGCUACGGGGUCCAGAGGGGCCGGGUCUGCUUUGAGAUGAAGAUCAACGAAGAAAUCUCCGUGAAGCACCUGCCGGCUUCGGAGCCCGAUCCUCACGUGGUCCGGAUCGGCUGGUCCUUGGACUCCUGCAGCACACAGCUGGGAGAAGAGGCCUUUUCUUACGGCUACGGGGGAACCGGGAAGAAAUCCACCAACUGCAAAUUCGAAAACUACGGCGAGACGUUCGCCGAGAACGACGUGAUCGGCUGCUUCGUGGACUUCGAGUGCGGCAACGACGUGGAGAUGUCCUUCACCAAGAACGGCAAGUGGCUGGGCAUCGCCUACCGGCUACGGAAGGAAACGCUGGGCGGCCGGGCCCUCUUCCCGCACGUGCUGGUCAAGAACUGCGCCAUCGAGUUCAACUUCGGACAGAGGGACACCACCUACUGCCCCGUCCCGCCGGGCUUCACGUUCAUCCAGCACCUUCCCCUCGGGGAGCGGGUUCGGGGAGCCGUCGGACCAAAGAGCAAAGCCGAGUGUGAGAUCCUGAUGAUGGUGGGCUUGCCAGCUGCGGGCAAGACCACGUGGGCCGCCAAACACGCCGCCGCCCACCCUGCCAAGAAGUACAACAUCCUGGGCACCAACUCCAUCAUGGACAAGAUGCGGGUGAUGGGUCUCCGCCGUCAACGCAAUUACGCAGGCCGCUGGGACGUCCUCAUCCAGCAGGCGACGCAGUGCCUCAACCGCCUGAUCCAGAUCGCCGCCCGCAAGAAGCGCAACUACAUCCUGGAUCAGACAAAUGUUUAUGGAUCAGCCCAGAGACGAAAUGCGUCCUUUGAAGGUUUCCAGCGCAAAGCUAUUGUCAUUUGUCCUUCGGAUGAGGAUCUAAAAGAUCGAACAAUAAGGCGCACUGAUGAGGAGGGGAAGGAUGUGCCCGAUCACGCGGUGUUAGAAAUGAAAGCCAACUUCACGCUGCCGGACGCCGGGGACUUCCUGGACGAGGUGCUGUUCAUCGAGCUGCAGCGGGAGGAGGCCGACCGGCUGGUCAAGCAGUACAACGAGGAGGGCAAGAGGGCCGGCCCGCCCCCGGACAAGCGCUUCGACAACCGCGGGGGCGGCUUCCGGGGCCGGGGCGGCGGGGGCGGCGGCUUCCAGCGCUACGACAACCGCGGACCCCCCGGCGGGAACCGCGGCGGCUUCCAGAACCGCGGAGGAAGCGGGGGCUUCCGGGGAGGUUUCAACCGCGGCGGGGCCGGCGGAGGCGGCUACUCCCAGAACCGCUGGGGCGUGAGCAGCCGGGACGACGACAGCCCCGGCCGAGGCGGUUACACCCGCGGCCCCCAGCAGCAACAGCAGAGCUACAGCCCGGCCCGGCCCCAGCAGGCCGCCGGCUACAGCAAGAACGACGGCGGGGCCGGCGGGGGCACCGGGCCGGCCGGCGGCAGCUACGACCCAGGACAACCGAGCUACACUCAUCCGUACAACCAGGGCGGAUACAGCCAGACGGGCUACACCGCGCCCCCGCCCCCGCCCCCGCCCCCUCCCCCGGCCUACAACUACGGGACCUACGGGGGCUACAGCCCCGCCUACACCCCGCCGCCCCCGCCUCCGCCCCCGCCGCCCCCCAACCCCGGACCGACCUACGGUCAGCCCGGCUACAACCAGUAUCAGCAGUACGCCCAGCAGUGGAACCAGUACUACCAGAACCAGACCCAGUGGGCCCCGUACUACGGCAACUACGACUACGGGAGCUACUCCGGGAGCUCGCAGGGGGGCUCCGGCACGCAGUAGCCGGCUCCCAGGUGCCCGGGACGCCCCCUCCCCGCCCCUUCCCCUCCAGAGAAGGCAUGUCCGUCCCCCCUCCCCCCGCCCCACGAGAUGCAUUAUUUCUUUACACGUUUUAAAACGGGACACACACAAAAUCUCUAACUUUCUACGCCCCGCCAAAAGAACGCUCGACUCCUCGCCCUCCCCGGUAGGUGCCAAGCACCCUUCAGGCUGAGAUGUCCGGUAGCUGGAGGGGGAGGGGUCUCCUCGGGCCCACCCCCACCCUCCCCCGGGCCCCCCCCGUCCCCGCCCAGCUUCACCAGAUUUUAACGCAGUUUAGUGUAAAUCCUUCCCGGAGAUGUUUUAUUGUCGAUUUUGCAAAAAAAAAAGAAAAAAAAAGAAAAAAAAAGAAAAAGUUUGAACCCAAAUGGAGGAGGGAAGGAGGAGAGACAGUGGGUGGAGAUUUUAUGGCGAUUACUGCUUUUUUUCCUUCUUUUUUUUUUAAAAAAAAAAAAAGAAUUUAUGUAACUUUUUACUCCGGGUCGGCUGUUAAUAUUUCAUCAGGAUCGUUUCUUUGCCGAAUUCAGGUUGACGGAGGAAAACGCGAGUCCGGAAAAAAACAAAAAAACCGAAAAAAAAAAAAACCCUUCCGAGUAACUUUUUCUACGAUGUCUGAGUUCCCGUUAAACUUUGCACAUGCUUUUGUGUCGAAUUGAAUUGUAACUGCUUUUUGUAUUUGGAGAGAGUGAAUAUUGAACUUUAAACCUUUUA